UGAACAUGGACUCAGCAGAAAAAGAGAACACCGAAGAAGGAUUGUUUAUGUUUUAUGACUCCUUCACAGAGCUGUUUGAAUUCUUCUGUGACAAUACCACCAUUCAUGGCACCGUCAGGCUGAACUGCUCUAGGAGGAAUAAGAUGAAAACGGGCUUUUGGGUUUUUCUUUACCUUUUUGCUUUCUCAACAAUGUAUUUUCAGUUCGGAGACACCUUCACCCAGUAUUGGUCCUACCCCACCAACUUAGCCAUACAUUUACAGACCAAGAAAAGCAAUUUUCCUGCCGUGACCAUCUGCAAUAUGAACCCCUACAGGUUUGACCAGGUUAAUGAAUAUCUCAACCAGUUGGAUCAGCUGGCCCAGGAAACUCUACAAACUCUUUAUGGAUAUAAUGCAUCCCUAUCGGUAAACAAUGAUGUUGUAGAUCUGCAAGACAUCACGGACAAUGCAACAAGCCAACUGGAUGAAAAAUUUCAGUUAGACAGUUCAAUAAAACUGAUAAAACUGGAAGAUGAUCCAAAUCAAAUGUCCAAAGGAAACAGGAGCAAACUGGGAUUUAAGCUUUGCGAUUCUACUGGUGGCGAUUGCUAUUACCGAUCCUUCUGGUCAGGCGUGGAUGCUUUGCACGAGUGGUACCAGUUCCAUUUUAUUAAUAUCAUGCACAAAAUUCCGUCCGUGUUACAAAUUGCUGAUCAAGAAUACGUGGAUAAGUUUAUUCUUAAGUGUGACUUCAAUGGCCACAGUUGUAACAGGAACUACACACAUUUCCAUCAUCCGACAUACGGCACCUGUUUUACUAUCAAUGGAAAUGAAAAUAGCAGCGCUCUGUGGGCUGCAGUGAAACCUGAAAAAAAAUAUGGGAUUAGCUUGAUCGUUAAAGUAGAUCAGCAUGAUAAUAUGCCCAUUUUGUCAACGACAGCCGGAACCACAGUGAUGAUUCACAAUCCAAACCAGUCCCCUCUAGUGGAGCAUCAAGGAUUUGACAUAUGGCCAGGCACUGAGACCUCAAUAAGUGUAAGACAGGAUCAAGUGAAUCGUCUGGAGAAGCCAUACAGCAACUGUACUUACAAUGGGGCCGAAUUAGAUUUCACUCUCCUGUACAAUUCAUCGUACACAUUACAGGCUUGUGUUCAGUCAUGCUUUCAGUACAUAAUGAUAGAACAGUGUGGAUGUGGCUACUAUUUCUACCCAUUGCCUUCUGGGAGUGAAUAUUGCAACUACAACAAGCAUCCAGGAUGGGGACAUUGCUUCUUUCGUCUCUAUGAAAAACUGCUAGACCACCAACAUACCUGUUUCAAGAAGUGCCCCAUACAGUGCACGGAGACAAUGUACUACCUGUCGGCAGGGUUUGCUAGAUGGCCGUCAACAGUGUCUAAGAGCUUGUUCCUUACACAGUUGUCCUCUGAUUAUGGAUACAACAGCACUGUUAACAGGACUGAAUUUUCAAAGAUUAAUGUGUACUUCCAAGAGCUGAAUCUGCAAUCUUUUGACGAAACUCCAGCGAUCAGUAGCCAUGAUUUGUUGUCUACCAUGGGAAACCAGUGGAGUUUCUAUUUUGGCUCAUCGGUGCUUUCAGUGGUGGAGAUAGCCGAGCUGGUCUUUGAUGUUGUAGCUAUGGUGAUCAUCAUCAAUUAUGCCAAACGUAAAAAGAAACAGGUAACCAACAAUAAUGAGGGUCCGUAUGUCAUCAGGAUGGAGGGAUUGUCAGGUCUCGAUGGGAAAACGUUACCCAACUCUUCACUCAAUGACCAAGAUCUGCCUAGCUACCGUAGCUGUGACACCAAAUCAGAAGAGAUAUGAAGGCUGUUGAU